UAAAGGGAGAGAAAAAUAAAGUCUAGAAGGGGGAAGCUUCGUGGAAGUUGCCAUGGGAGUGGGGGAGUGGCUUCUCUCCCACCACCAUUUAACCCUCUCAUCUUCUUCCCCUCUAAUCGCCUCAAAUCCUCACAAUUUCCUCUCUCCUUCCUCUUUCUCUCUCUUCCAUUUCCAUGAAGCUCAUCAAAAACUUCAGCCCCAAACGGCUCUUCGGCUCCAAGAAGGAGCGGUCCAAAGUGACCCGGUCCGACCCGCCGUCCUUCGCCUCGUCGUCCUCCUCCUCCGCCGCCACCCCCACCAGCGUCCUCCCUCGCGCCCUCUCCGCCGACGACUGGCCCUCCGACUUCUCCUCCGACAUGGCCCGCCACAGCCGAGUCUCCAGGAAACAGCUCGAGGCUCUCCUCGGCCUGUCCGGGGCUGACCCGCCGAGCCACGAGGAGGUGGCGGCGAUGCUCAGCGAACUCGACCGCCACGGGGACGGCGUCGUCAGCGUCGAGGCGCUGAUGAGCCACGUAGGAGGCGCCUGCGACGAGGAUCUCCGAGAGACGUUCGAGAUCUUCGACGCGGACGGCGACGGGAGGAUUACGGCGGAGGAGCUGUUCAGCGUGUUCGUGGCCAUUGGGGAGGAGGAGCGGUGCACGUUAGAGGACUGCCGACGCAUGAUAGCCGGAGUCGACAAGAACGGGGAUGGGUUCGUCUGCUUCGAGGACUUUGCGCGUAUGAUGGACCACCACCACCACAGAUGAUCCAUUCCCUUCAUCUCUUUCUUUUUUCUAUCAAUAAAACGCAAAAGGAAAUUGAAAAAUAUCUCUCUUUUGUUAUUAAUGUGUGCCAAAAAAAGAAAGAGAGAGAGAGAAUUGAACCACAGCCAGAUCGGACGGUUGAGGUUGGCCGAUCACGUCGAAAAUGUUUGAGAUUGUUGAGAGUAUAUAAAAUGCAAGGUUGUGGGAUCAGACAACAUCGGUCAAUGUCAAUCACCCCUUGUGGAAAACAAAUUUAUUUUAUUUAUUUCUUUGCUUUUCUAGAUUUUUCUUUUCUUUUUCCUUUUUUUAUAUCACUGUUAUUAUUUUGGGAU